AUGUCUAUAACAUUUUCGUUGUUGGGCGAUGACUUGUAUACUUACGAUUACUUUGUUCAAGACGACGUUUGUCGAUUUUGUUGGAACCAAAACGCAGAUCAAGAAAUCUUCAUAAAAUCUAGAGAAAACGACGUAGAAAAGAAAGAUAUGCUAUAUUAUAAAAUACAAGAUUGUUUAAACAUCGAAUUGAAUGUAGGAAAUUGGCCUAAUUACCCAAAUAAAGUCUGUAUAGACUGUUGUACAAAAAUCGAAAAUUUUCACAACUUCAAGCAUUUUUGUCAAGAAACUAACAGAAAACUCUAUGAAAUAUUCAAAAAUCAUAAUAGUAACACCACUACGGAACUACCGGUACCUAAUCCAAAUGUAAAAAUCGAAAAGACCGACGAAUUUCCUAAUUUAGAUUUAUCGAGAACAGAUUCUUUCGAUGGCUUCCUAGACAGCCUCCAAAACUCAGACCACGACUACAUAAGCCAAGAAGACUAUAAACCUAUUAAGAAACACUUAAAAACGUCCAAAUACAAACAUAAACGCACAUCUACUUACUGCAAUAUAUGCCAUACAGAUUUGAAAUCUGAUGAAAAUUUUACUUCACACAAUUCCAAAUUCCAUGGUGUUGAAAACAAAGAUCAGUUUAAAUGUUUCGGAUGUGAGAAACGAUUCAAAAGCCGUAAAACACGUCUUGGGCAUGAAAUAAACUUCUGCAAAGGCUUAAAGGAUGGAUAUAAGUGUGCUACUUGCUUAAGAUUUUUGCCUAAACGUAGAAUGUAUGAGGCACAUAUGAAGGACCAUAGAGAGAAUGAAAACGUAGAGCUCCCAGAUGAUUUGUUUAAAUGUAUAAAAUGUUUUAAAUUGUUCAAGUCGAAGGAGAAAUUGAAAUGCCAUAUGAUUGUACAUGAUGGGGAGAAAAAGAAUUUUGUUUGCGAGAGUUGCGGUCGCGUCUUCUCCCGCCAAGACUACCUUUACAAGCACAAACUCACUCACACCGGUAUUAAAGAACAUGUUUGUCCACACUGUGGGUUCAGAGCUGCACAGAGGUCUUCACUCACCGUACACAUCAGAAAACACACUGGCGAGCGCCCAUACAGCUGUGACAUGUGCCCUCAGCGCUGCGUGUCCAGCUCUAAUCUGCGCGCGCAUCGGCGGAGGCAUCUCGGUGUUAAACAGUAUGAGUGCAAAAUUUGCUCAAAAAAAUUCGGCUACAAAAUAAGUCUAGAAGAGCACGUAGCCAACACACAUGAGCGCGCACAAAACCAUACUUGUCAAAUAUGUGGAACUACGUACAGCAGAGUUCGAGGGCUGCGAAGACAUCUCUUGGCGAAGCACGGGACCAAGGUAACGAAAAUUGGCAAAAACGUCCGGAUAAUGGAACAAAACGAUCAGAUUUCGGAACAAAAUGGAAACAAUUUGCAACAAAACGGAAAUAAUUUGCAACAAAACGACCAAAUUUUGGAACAAAAUGGACAUAAUAUGGAAAAUGCUCAGAUUUUAGAACAAAAUGAUACUAUAAAUGAGCAGAGUUUAACGGCGAAUUUGCAAUUUCAGUCAUAGUUAACU